AUGACCGGAAAAAUGACGUUGUACAAGUUGGUGGUGUUGGGAGAUGGUGGUGUCGGAAAAACCGCGCUCACAAUUCAGCUUUGUUUAAAUCAUUUCGUCGAAACAUACGAUCCCACCAUCGAAGAUUCGUAUCGGAAGCAGGUGGUCAUCGACCACCAGUCCUGUAUGCUGGAAGUUCUGGACACCGCGGGCCAGGAGGAGUACACGGCCUUGCGAGAUCAAUGGAUUCGUGACGGCGAAGGUUUCGUUCUUGUCUACAGUAUCACAUCGCGCGGCUCAUUCUCGCGGAUACACAAAUUCUACAACCAGAUCAAGAUGGUCAAGGAAUCAGCCCACUCCGGGUCACCGUCGGGAGCCAGCUAUCUGGGAUCGCCUAUCAACGCCCCCUCGGGCCCACCUCUGCCUGUUCCUGUGAUGUUGGUCGGCAACAAGAGCGACAAAGCUGUGGAGCGCGCGGUCUCGGCGCAGGAAGGACAGGCCCUGGCGAAGGAUUUGGGCUGUCAAUUUGUGGAGGCGUCCGCCAAGAAUUGCAUCAACGUCGAGAAAGCCUUUUACGAUGUCGUCCGCUUACUCCGAGAGCAGCGACAACAACAGCAAGGUGGACGAGCCCAGGAUCGCCGACCGACAGGGUUGGGAGCCAUGCGCGAUCGCGAUGCGGGCCCCGAGUAUCCCAGAAAUCUUCGAACCGAUCGUCCCCGACACCGCGGCGGCCUCAAGUGCGUGAUUCUUUGA